UCAACCUUUCCCCCCCUCUUUCUCUUUCGCUUUCUUUUCUCUCUCUCUCUCUCUCUCUCUUUCUAACAACUUCGUAGUGCUGCGAUGAUGGUGGAUGUUAUCGAACCAGCAGCAGCAGUAGCAGCAACAAAAAAAUCCAUUGUUGAUGACACUGUUGGUCCUAUCGUCUUUGCUCAUGCUCCUCCUACCAAGCAAGAGAAAGCAGCAACGACUCACCGGCAGCAGCAGCUUGGCGACAAAUUCCUUACGGUGGUACACGGACUCGCACUUUCAAUGGGUGUGUUGGUCGACAAGCGCAAUUUUUUUCAAGAAUGGAUGACCUAUGACUCUGUCAAAUGUGUUGUCAACUAUCCGCUGCGCCGCAUCAGCUUGUAUUUCAAAUUCAAUCAACAAGACUACAAGGCCGAGUUUGAGUUUAAAGACAUGGUCAACGGGGAAAUACUUGCUGAUGACUUGUCCAUCAACAGAGCUCGUAGUAGUAGCGGUGCCAACAAGAAAGGAGAAGAAGGAGAAAGUGGCGCCCGCAAGGCGGGAAAGAAAAAGAACAAGAAGCAGCAACCGUCAAAGGACAAAGCCAGCCAAGUCUUGUUUUUCACGUUUCAUCUAAAGUACCCACCCGAGUAUUGGCGUUUGACACACCGUGGUUCUACCAUGCAGCAAAACCAAUGGGCGCGUGUAGCACAAAUCCCUGUCGACGCUGCUGGUAGUGACGGCGAUAUUGUCACAUCAUGUGAGCCUCUCACCGUUGGCGCUGACGACGACGGCGCGGCUGAUCAACAUCAACAACUGUUACCUGGCGAUGGAAGGAGGAUCAAAUAUAUGCAGCUCGGCACCUGGAUUGUACUCCGAAUGUCCUUUAGCACCAACUCGCCAGUGCGCAAGGCGUACGAUGAAGUCAUACAACGUGGCAAGAAUUAUCGACUGGUUCGAGAACUGUAUCCGAGAAGACGACUCAUACCCACCACUGAAAGCGCGACGUCACAGCAGCGACAAUCGAACCGACAAGUCCAUGAAGAUAUGAAUGAUGAAAAAGCAGCGUUCAGCAAGUAUUACGUUCUCCACGGGUAUAUUUCACGAUAUCAACUCAACAAGCACGAGUUGGAUGGUCUGUUCUAUUCAGAGUAUGCAAAGCUGUCUCCAGACAAUGCUAACUCGGCACUACAGCUUAUGCUGAACACAAUGACCAUGGAGCAUGGGCAUCGCAAGACGCCUGGGCAGUUACUCAAGCAGAUUACUGACCGAUACUUUAAUCUGAAGCCAAAGUCGUCUUCACAACAACAACAGCAGCAACCAUCAGCAGCAACGCCUCAAGAUAACGAAGAAGCAGACACGGGAAAACAAGCAAUGACGACGACGACGAAAAAGAAGAAAAAGAACGAGGAACCACCACGACUGAUCAAGGUCAACAAGAUCACCAUCACUCCUACAACGAUCCGGAUCGAACGGCCACAGAUUGAACCGCCGAACCGCGUGUUGCGUCAAUUUAUAGACAAGUUGGAUCGGUUCAUACGUAUCCAGUUUGCCGAUGAGAACGGGGCACGCGUGCACAUCUCGCCCAAAGCAUUGCACGACAGCGAAGCCAUCUACCGACGCAUCGCGUAUGUGAUACAACAUGGCCUGAUCGUGUUUGGUCGCCACUAUAGGUUUUUGGCCUUUUCUCAGUCCCAGUUGCGCGAACAUGGAUGCUGGUUUUUUGCAGACAAGGACGGGGCAUCGACAGCAGAUGAGAUCAGAAAGUGGAUGGGUGAUUUCUCAGGCGACAAAGUCGUGGCCAAGUAUGCUGCCCGCAUGGGACAAUGUUUUUCAUCCACACAAGCCAUUCAAAAACUUCAUACGAAACAGGUCGACCAGGUGGACGACAUUGAGCAAAACGGGUUCACGUUUUCUGAUGGCGUAGGCUUGAUUUCUGUCAACCUUGCACGCACCAUUGCCGCUCGUUCCUAUCAAUCCGCAGGAAAAGUAGCAAUGGCGAAUAAACACUUUUUAUUGCCAAGCGCAUUCCAGUUUCGUUUGGGUGGCGCAAAGGGCGUGUUGACCGUCGACUCGUUUAACCACCUAGCGGACGGAAAGGAUAUCGCGUUACGACCGAGUCAAAUCAAGUUUACUUCGACACACAAAAUGUUGGAAAUCAAUCGGCCUGCACACGCGUCAUUCACAUACUUGAACCGUCAAAUCAUCUUGUUAUUAUCCUCGCUGGGUGUACCCGAUGACAUUUUCAUGGAACUGUUACAAGUCAUGCUCGGACAGUUCGACAAGAUCUUGGCAGACCCAAUCCAGUGUACGUUGAUGUUGCGCAGCCAUCAUUCAGAUGAGUUUGGGAUUCACAUGGAGAUGGCCAAAUUGGUCAAUGCUGGCUUCUUGGAGGAAGGCGAUCCCUACAUUACGAAUCUGAUCAAGGUGUUUCGCUCUAGCAAGUUUAAAGAGGCCAAGAAACGUGCCAAGAUCUACGUGCCUCAGGCGGCUUCGGCGAUUGGUGUGUUGGACGAAACCAAAACGUUGAAGCCGGGACAGAUUUUUGUUCAGUUGUCGGGUGGCAUCAACGAUGGUGAAAAAAAUGGCAGCGGCGGCAAGAGCAAGAAGAAGAACAAGAAGAACAAAAAGAACAACAAGAAUAUCCUUCAAGGACCAUGUGUGGUGUAUCGUUGUCCAAGCUUGCAUCCAGGCGAUAUCCGUAUGGUUGAAGCAGUCGAUUGUCCAGCGCUCCAUGGUCUGCAUGAUGUGAUUGUGUUUUCGGCUCAAGGAGAACGCGAUAUUCCCAGCAUGUGCUCAGGAGGUGAUCUGGAUGGAGAUAUCUACAGCGUUAUUUGGGACGAGCGGUUGUUUCCAGCAACCAAAGACACAAAGCCGAUGCAUCACAUGCCUGUCCCGAUGCGUCAAAUUCAAGGCCGCAAUGUAGAGAUCGACGACGUCAAGAAGUUUUUCCUGGAUUAUAUCAUCAACGACAAUUUGGGCAUGAUUGCCAAUGCUCAUAUGGCGCUUGCCGACAGCUCCCCGGAUGGUGCAUGUGCAAAUGAAUGCAUCGAGUUAGCCUAUCUACAUUCAGUUGCUGUUGAUUUUCCGAAAACAGGCGUAAUUGCUGAGCUAAGCGACACCCUCAGAGCGAAAUGGUACCCUGACUUUAUGGAGAAAAUCGACAAACCUGUUUACAAAUCGACCAAAAUUUUGGGCAAGCUCUACCGAGAAGUCGACGCAGAAACGUUCCAGUACUACAAACAAGAUUUACACGAGUCAUUCUAUCUUCAGAAAGACGGCAAAAAGAUAAUGGAGAUGAAAUACGAUACGAGGCUGUUUGUAGACGGAAUGCAAAAAUACAUCCUGGCGGCGCGUGAACUCAAAGAAAAGUAUGAUCAGCAGCUGCAAGAAUUGAUGGACCAGUUUGGCGUGGCUACCGAGUCCGAAAUCGUCUCGGGUUCGAUUGUAAAGUGGCUCAAACGCAUGGAUGGACCCGAGAAGUUUCAUGAAACAAGGCAUCAAGCGCAACUCCAAGUAACACGGCUGCGCGACGAUUGGCGACGAGCCCAUUUUCCUACACUAAAGAAGGAGCAUGGUGGCUAUUAUACAGGAGAACAAAAACAUCAAGAUAUGUGCAAGGCUGCGGCAUGGUAUUAUGUGACCUAUCAUCCCACAGAGUUCCAGAACUUGAAAGCUUCGGCAGCCGCAGCAGUAAAUGAAGACAGUCGACUUUACCAAGGCUAUCUAGACGAAGACUACGGCGGCGGGCAGCAAAAGAAAAAGAAUAGCAGGAACAAGCAGCAGCAAGCACAACGGAUGUUGAGCUUUCCAUGGGUGGCGCAUGAAAUUCUGUGCAGACUCGCCAGGGUCAAUCCACCCUUGGAGGAACAUGCCCGUGCUAUCCCAGAAUUGGAGAUUUUGUCACUUGGCGGUAACGACAACAGGAACAGGGGCAGUCGUAGUGCAUCUGAUGCCAUUGUAACCCGUAGUGGUAACGGUCGUCGUCGUAAAAGCAGCCGUAUUAGUUCUGGUAGCAGCAGCAGUGGAAGUAGCGGCGGUGCUAUCAAUUCUGCUGGUGGUGCUAAUGCAUCUCCUUCUGCAUCCUCCUCAUCUUGUGCGUCCUCCUCUUUUGCUUAUUGACAACAAUGAUUUUUCAUUUUCAAGGGAUAGCAGUGCUAUACCUUGCUUGCCUAAGGGAAAGAGAAACGCUGUAUCUGUUUGCUGGUACACUACCAAGGAAUAAAGUUUUCCAAAGCUGAUAACACUACCA